AAAAAACAUUCAUUCAUUCAAAUAUAUUUUAAUUAAAACUCUUUUUAAUAUUUAUAAUAAAAAAAAUAAAAAUGUUAGGACCAUGGACUCAAGUACCAAAUGAACCAAAAAGUGAAAUUCCAACUUUGAAAGAUGAAUUAACAGUUAUCAAAGUUGAAGUUGAAGGUGGUGGUGAAGGUGCCGUUCAAAUUGUUUCCACUAAUUUUCCACCAAAACGUCAUUACUUUCAAGAUAGUGGAGAAUUCUCAGAUAAUUAUAAAGGUGUUAAAAUUACCAUUGUAAAUGAAGGAUUAACCAAUUUAAAAAUCAGUACCAAUUAUAAUUUCUAAACCCUCCAUUUUAAAUUGAUGAAAUAAACAAUAUAAAUUAUUUCAUUCAUACAAAAUUUGAUAAUAAAAUUAAACUCCCAAUUUAAUGGAAUAAAAAUAAUUUAAAAAUUUCAAU